AUGUCUUCUAGUGUUGCAUCAGAUGCGCUUUCCUCUUUGUUGGUCCUGGUUCAAGGACUAGCUUCCCCCGAUAAUACCAUACGUGCCGAGGCCGAAAAGGCAUUGACCGCCGACUGGAUUGAUAAGCGUGCUGAUUUGCUGCUAAACGGUUUGGCUGCUCUUGCUGCCCGAAGUGAAGAUGUUUCUAUUCGCGCAUUUUCUCUUGUGCUCAUUCGAAGAAUAUCUUUUCGAACUCUCCCGAGUGAAAGCGAAAUGGAAGUGUUUUCCAGUAUAUCUAACGAAGCCAAGCAAACCCUUCAAAACCAGCUUUUGACUUGCUUUGUUCAAGAGGCUGUUCCCACUGUCCGUAAUAAGCUCUGUGAUACUAUUGCCGAAAUCGCUCGUUCUGUCUUUGAUUGCCAAAGCCAAUGGCCUGAGCUUACCACCACCAUUUUUGGUACUGUCAAUUCUCCCGAAGAAUCCUUCCGUGACUCCGUCUACCGUACAAUCGCUGCCUUGCCUCUCUUGUUGUCAGGCCAAGAGGCCGCCGUUGCUCCUUUGUUCAGCGCUGGACUCGGUGAUCCUAGUAUCGGUGUUCGUGUAACCGCAGUUCGCGCUUAUUCUUCUAUUGUCUUGGAAAGCAAACAGUCUGUUCGUAAUCAGGUCAUCCCCAUGUUGCCUGCUCUCCUCAACAUUCUCCCUCCUUUGCAACAAGAACGUGACUCUGAUAAUCUUACCGAAUGCCUCAUGGCCAUUACUGAAGUUGCCGAGGUCUUUCCCAAGAUUUUCCAUGGUAUCUUCGAAUCUUACCUUCAAUUCAACCUUGGCAUCAUCAAAGAUAAGGACCUUGAAAAUUCUGCUCGUCAAGCUGCAUUGGAAGCCGUUGUCUGUUUCUCCGAAGGAGCUCCUGCCAUGUGCAGAAGAUCACCAGAAUAUGCUAAUCAACUUGUCUUGCAAUGCUUGAUGCUUAUGACUGAUGUUGCUGGUGAUGAGGAAGAUGAAGCUGAGAACCUUCAAGAAUGGUUAGAAACAAAUGAUCUUGACCAAGAUGAAAGCGAUGCUAAUCAUAUCGUUGCUGAACAAGCAAUGGAUCGCCUUUCCAGAAAAUUAGGUGGUAAGACGAUUCUUCCUCCUUCUUUUUCCUGGUUGCCCGGACUAAUUUCUUCUCAAAAAUGGUCUGAACGCCAUGCUGCCCUUAUGGCAAUUUCUUCCAUUGCUGAAGGUGCUGAGAAAAUCAUGAAGCGUGAAUUAAGUCGAGUCUUGGAUAUGGUUUUGCCUUUGUUGGCUGAUCCUCAUCCUCGAGUUCGCUGGGCCGCUUGUAAUGCCGUUGGUCAAAUGUCUACUGACUUUGCCCCUGAUAUACAAGUUAGGUAUCCUUCCCGUAUCCUUGAAACGCUUAUUCCUGCCUUAGAGUCACCAGAGGCUCGUGUUCGUGCUCAUGCUGCUGCCGCUAUGGUUAACUUCUCAGAGGAGGCCGAUAACAAGGUCCUUGAGCCAUACCUCGAUGAUAUCCUUCAACGUCUUCUUGUCCAUUUGCAAUGCCCUCAACGCUAUGUUCAAGAACAAGCUGUUACUACGAUUGCCACUGUUGCCGAUGCCGCCGCUAAAAAGUUCGACAAGUACUUCGAUGCUAUUAUGCCUCUCUUAAUUAGUGUUUUACGUCAAGCUGAAGGCAAGGAAUUCAGAACGCUCCGUGGUAAAGCAAUGGAGUGUGCUACUUUGAUUGCUUUAGCUGUAGGAAAAGCUCGCUUCUUGCAAGUUUCUCAGGAGGUUAUUCAGGUCCUUGGAACCAUCCAAAUGAGCAUCACCGACAGCGAUGAUCCUCAGGCUAGCUAUUUGAUUUCUGCAUGGGGACGAAUUUGCCGCGUCCUUGGAAGUGACUUUGUUCCUUUCCUUGGAUCUGUGAUGCCACCUUUGCUUGCCGCUGCUACCUCUAAACCAGACUUUACAAUUGUUGAUGAUGAUACUGAUGAAAGCAAAUUUUCAGAGCAAGAUGGAUGGGAAUUCAUUCCCGUUCACGGACAACAAGUUGGUAUUAGAACUAGUACAUUGGAGGAUAAAUGUACCGCUACUGAAAUGCUUGUUUGCUAUGCAGCUGAAUUAAAGGGCGACUUUGAUCCAUAUGUCAACGAAGUUUUAACUUCCGUUGUGUUACCUGGUCUGAAAUUUUUCUUCCAUGAUGGCGUACGUUCAGCAUCUUGCAAAUGUAUUCCUCAGUUGCUUAAUAGCAGAAUUAUCGCCAGCAACCGUGACCCAGUUAAGGUUGCCGAAAUUUGGGAUCCCAUCCUGCGUAAAUUGUUAGACUACAUCCAAAGUGAACCAAGUUCAGAAAUGCUGUCUGACUAUUUCCAAUGCUUUUACGAAAGUUUAGAGAUGGUUGGUCCUUGUCUUGAUGCUGCUUCUAUGGAGAAGUUGGUGUCUGUUGUGGAUCUUCAACUAAAGGCUUUCAUUCAGCGUGUCCAAGAGCGCGAAGAGAACUCUCGCAACGGUGAGGCUGAUGUGGAGGAGGAUGAAGAUGUUAUUUUGGCUAUAGAAAAUGACCAAAAUAUGUUAAACGAAAUUAACAGAACAUUCGGUGUAGUCCUGAAGCAACAUAAAGCAACAUUUUGCCCUUAUUGGGAGCGCUUGUUGCCAUACAUGAACGGUUUUUUAAAUGGCUCUGAUGUUAUCGCCAAGCAAUGGGCAUUAUGUAUGAUGGAUGAUUUAAUUGAAUUCACCGGACCUGAUUCUUGGGCAUAUAAAGAUCAUUUCCUUCCCUACUUGGCAGAGGGCAUUCAAAACCCAGAGCCAGAAAUUCGCCAAGCUGCCGCUUAUGGUAUUGGUGUGGCUGCUCAGCACGGCGGAGAAUUGUAUUCUGAAAUUUGCUCCAGUGCUUUACCUGCUUUGUUUACAAUGCUUGAGCAUCCAGAGGCUCGGGAUGAAGAACAAAUUUAUGCUACAGAGAAUAUUUCUGUAGCGAUCAGCAAGAUUUGCCGCUUCUGUAGCCAGCGUAUCCAGGAUCUUGAAAAAAUGAUUACUUUUUGGGUAAACACUCUUCCCGUAACACAUGAUGAAGAUGACGCACCUUACGCUUAUAUGUUUUUGGCUGAGCUGAUGGAGCAGAAUCAUAUUGCUGUUACUACCCAAAUGCCCGUCGUCAUCCCUGUCCUAGCAGAUACCUUGGCUUCUGGAGUUUUGCGCGGUCGUACCUUGGCACGUUUACUCGAAGCUUCGAAGGCAUAUUUGUCCCAAUUCCCGGUAGACCAAGUCAACAGCGUCAUUUCUUCUUUGAGUGUUGACAACCAAAGGGCUUUGUCGGCAUAUUUUUAA